GCGACAACAACAGACAGAAACGGAGACACGGGGUUUAUGCGAGAACUCAAUACAUCAAAUAUCGCCAUUUAAAUUAUAAUAAUAAUAAUAAAAAUAAUAAUAAUAAUAAAAAGGAUUCAACUUCCGGCGGCUAUGAACUGAAGCCACUUCUUCGAGAAUCCUUCAACAGCUUCUCAUUCGGUUUCGGGUUUAUUUUUUUAGUGCUUAAAACUUUUGCACUAGUAAAAAAACGCGCGUUUGUUUCGAGAUUUGUGAGUGUUUACAAAUAAAAAAUAAUAAUAAUAAGAAGAAGAAGUCGUGAAAGAAGACGUCAUGGUGCUGAAAUCAGAGGACGGAGUCGUGCCAGACGACCUCACUCCUGAGGAGCAGCAGGAGCUAGAGAACAUCCGGCGACGCAAGCAGGAGCUGCUGGAGGACAUUCAGCGUUUGAAGGAUGAGAUAGCCGAAGUGACCAGCGAGAUCGAGAACCUGGGCUCCACUGAGGAGAGGAAAAACAUGCAGAGGAACAAGCAGGUGGCGAUGGGCCGCAAGAAGUUCAACAUGGACCCUAAAAAGGGGAUUCAGUUCCUGAUUGAAAAUGAUCUUCUGAAGAACACCAGCGAUGACAUCGCUCAGUUCCUCUACAAGGGCGAGGGCCUGAAUAAGACAGCAAUAGGGGACUACCUUGGAGAGAGAGAUGAUUUCAACAUCAAGGUGCUGCACGCGUUUGUGGAGCUGCACGAGUUCACCGAUCUGAACCUUGUUCAAGCGCUCAGGCAAUUUCUUUGGAGCUUCAGACUGCCAGGUGAGGCACAGAAGAUCGAUAGGAUGAUGGAGGCUUUUGCCCAACGUUACUGCCAAUGCAACCCAGGAGUCUUCCAGUCCACUGACACAUGCUACAUCCUUUCCUUCGCCAUCAUCAUGCUGAACACCAGCCUUCACAACCCCAACGUGAAGGACAAGCCCGCGGUGGAGCGUUUCAUCUCCAUGAACAGAGGAAUCAAUGAGGGUGGAGACCUACCAGAGGACCUGCUACGAAACUUGUACGAGAGCAUCAAGAACGAGCCAUUUAAAAUCCCAGAGGACGACGGCAACGACCUCACACACACGUUCUUCAACCCUGACCGAGAGGGCUGGCUUCUCAAACUGGGAGGUGGACGUGUCAAAACUUGGAAGAGACGAUGGUUCAUUCUCACAGAUAACUGCCUCUACUACUUUGAGUACACUACAGACAAAGAACCCAGAGGAAUCAUUCCUUUGGAAAACCUGAGCAUCCGAGAAGUAGAGGACAAGAAACCGAACUGUUUCGAGCUCUUCAUACCGGACAAUAAGGAUCAGGUGAUCAAGGCGUGUAAAACGGAGGCAGAUGGCAGAGUGGUGGAGGGCAAUCACACAUUUUACCGCAUCUCUGCUCCUACCACUGAGGAGAAGGACGAGUGGAUCAACAGCAUCAAGGCAGCGAUCAGCAGGGACCCAUUCUAUGAGAUGUUGGCUGCCAGGAAGAAGAAAGUCUCCUCUGUGAAGAGGCACUAAAUCUGCUCAGGGCUGUGUGAGAGAAUUGACACUUGACACUUGAACGGAAUGAAACUGGUCUCCUUCCUGCUGCUUUCCCCCUUUCAGUAAUGUAGUAUACUGGGACAGAAUGAGGUUCAAGGACUAAGUAGGACAUUGGAGAUUGGACAAAGCCAGGACUAGACUCUGUAGUGCUCAGCAGGAACUGUGCCUCUGCUCCAAUUCCUGUUUCAGUGUCCCUCAACUUUCCUUCAACUCAAGUUGUGUUUGUGUUUAAAUGUCCCUCAACUCUCCUUUUCCUGUCUGUGUGUGUGUGUGUGUGUGUGUGUGUGUGUGUGUGUGUGUGUGUGUGUGUGUGUGUGUGUGUGUGUUAAGGGCAUUAUUCUUCUCUUAAUCCCCAAAGAAUCCAUCUUAGUCAUAAUGCAAAACCAAAACGCACAUCUUUUCUACCCCCACUCUGUCUCUUUUUCUCUUAAUUUCUCUAUCUCUUUUAAACAUGCCUUUACACACACACACACACACACACACACACACACACACACACACAGACGUUCUUGUUUAAUCAGCAGGUCUGACAGAAUGUGGGUUACCAAAAAAAGGUCUCUCCUUGAUUUCCUAACAGGAAAGACCUUCUUGUAUGCUUUUUUUGUUAUGUACAGGCAAUAAGUGUAUUUUUUACAUUUCUAUAUCCUCUGUAUAUUCUCUUUUGACUCUCGUCGUUUUGAUAAAUGUCACUGAAAUGCACCACAUGGCAUUCAUGAGAACUGGGUGAGGCUAUGGUUAGUGUACACAAUGUAGAAUAUAAGGUAGAUUUACUCAUAAACUAUUCAGCCAAAAGUAUGUGGAAACAUGACUGUCACCCAUAUGUGGGUUUUCCUAAAACUGUUGGCACAUGGUGUGAAGCACACAGUUGUCUCUCGUCUUCUUUGGCUCAUUAAGAUUUCACUUCACUGGAACUAAGGAGCUUUAACUUGUUUCAGUAUGACAAUGCCCCCGAGUAUGCAGAUUAAACACCAGAGCUUCUCGCUCCUUGUAAGUGACAUUGUGCUUGUAACCGAAUGGGCAGAAAUCCACCCAGUUCUGGUCCAAAUUUCCAGAAGGCUGUUAUAGCAGCAAAGACGAGAAAGAGCAACUGCUUAUGAAUGCUGUUAGAUUUAGACUGGGAUUUCCAGCAAACGCUAUAUGGGUGUGAAUGAAUCCAUGUACUUUUGGUCAUACAGUAUGGUGUAUGUCAAGCUAAGAGUGUGUGCGUGCGUGCACGUGUGUGUGUCCAGUGUCUUGGAUGCUAAAAGGCUGAACUGUUUUUGAAAUAGCACUCAUGUUCCUUUGGGCUGCUUCGUGAAUGCUGACCGUGUCAUUUGUACUGAAACACUGCAAAUUGUGUCGAGUCCCAAACUCUUCUGCUGUCUAAUACUUUACGUCACAAAUCAUUCUCAAAUUUAAAAGCAGAAAAAAAACAACCCCCAAGUUCGUUUGACAUCAUCACAGACAGGACAGCCGUCACACUUGAUGUAACUUGUGCUCUAAAUAGCUUACUGACCACAGAGUGUCCCAUUUUUAUUGUACCUGUUUUUCUGUUCUGCUUAUUUACAGUUUUAACAAGCUAGCAGUUUCUAUUCUCUGAGAAAAGUCAUACAUCUGAGCAGUAUUGGUUUAUUUAUCAAAGAUGUAAUAUACUUUAGUGUAUAGUGAGUAUCUUUCUGCAUUUUAUAAAAAAAAAAUAUAUAUAUAUAUGUAUGUGUAGCGAAUACAUUAUUAGCUGAGUGCCAUUUUUUUUUUUUUUCUUUCUUUAACUUGGUUCCUGUUGAAAGUGUACCUUUUGGCCUCACUGGUGUGUGUGAGCUCAGUAAUUUUUUUGUAAAAAAAAUAAAUAAAUAAAAAACAAAUCAAAAGUUAAACACCAAA